CCGGGAGGCCGGGCCCGCGGGGCGUGGGGGAGGCCGUCGCGCGCGGCCGGGGCGACGAUGGCGACCCCCGACCAGAAGUCGCCCAACGUCCUCCUGCAGACGCUGUGCUGCCGCAUCCUGGGCCGGGGUGAAGCUGAUGUAGCGCAGCAGUUCCAGUUCGCUGUGCGUGUUAUUGGCAGCAACUUUGCCCCAACUGUUGAAAGAGAUGAGUUUCUAGUAGCUGAAAAGAUCAAGAAAGAACUUAUUCGGCAGAGGAGAGAGGCAGAUGCUGCGUUAUUUUCAGAGCUUCACAGAAAGCUUCACUCGCAGGGGGUUUUGAAAAAUACUUGGUCAAUACUCUACCUCUUGCUGAACCUUAGUGAGGACCCUCGCAAGCAAGCAAGCAAGGUGUCUAGCUAUGCCUCAUUAUUUGCUCAGCCAUUGCCAAGAGAUGCCCAUUCAACUCCCUACUACUGCGCCCGGCCUCAGACCCUCCCCCUGAGUUACCAGGACCGGAGCACCCAGGCCGUGCCGAGUGCCGGCAGCGCGGGCAGCAGCGGCAUCAGCAGCACCAGCAUGUGCGGCCUCAGCGGCCCCGUGCCUGCGCCACAGCCUUUUCUCCCAGGACAGUCUCAUCAAGCUUCAGGAGUUGGAGAAGGCCUGCGGCAGCAGUUGGGGUCACGUCUUGCAUGGACUAUAAGUGCAAAUCAACCUUCUUCACAAACCCCUACCUCAAAGGGUAUCCCAAACUCUCUUUCUCGAAGCACACCAAGGUCGAGGAGAGAUGGGGACGCCACUGGUAUUACAGAAAUUACUGAAGCAGCCCUUGUGAGGGACCUUCUGUACGUCUUCCAGGGGAUAGAUGGCAAACAUAUUAAAAUGAGCAGCACUGAAGAUUGCUACAAAGUGGAAGGAAAGGCGAACUUAAAUAAGUCUGUAAGGGACACAGCAAUCAGACUUUCUGAGUUGGGAUGGCUGCAUAAUAAAAUCAGAAAAUACACUGACCAGAGGAGUCUGGAUCGUUCCUUUGGACUUGUAGGUCAGAGCUUUUGUGCUGCCCUACAUCAAGAGCUCACAGAAUACUACCGGUUACUCUCUGUUCUGCAUUCCCAGCUACAGCUUGAGGAUGAUCAGGGUGUGAAUUUGGGACUUGAGAGUAGCCUCACGCUGCGACGCCUCUUGGUUUGGACGUACGAUCCGAAAAUAAGGCUGAAGACUCUUGCAGCACUGGUGGAUUACUGCCAAGGAAGGAAAGGAGGUGAGCUGGCUUCAUCUGUCCACGCCUACACAAAGACGGGAGACCCGUACCUGCGGUCUCUGGUGCAGCACAUUCUGAGCUUAGUGUCUCAUCCAGUUCUGAGCUUCCUCUACCGAUGGAUCUAUGACGGGGAGCUUGAGGACACGUACCAUGAAUUUUUUGUAGCAUCAGAUCCAACAGUUAAAACAGAUCGUCUGUGGCAUGACAAGUAUACUUUGAGGAAAUCAAUGAUUCCUUCAUUUAUUACGAUGGAUCAAUCUAGGAAGGUGCUUUUGAUAGGAAAAUCAAUAAAUUUUUUGCACCAAGUUUGUCAUGAUCAGACACCCACCACAAAGAUGAUAGCCAUGACUAAGUCUUCAGAGUCGUCUCGGGACGCUGCGGAUUUAUUCACAGAUUUAGAAAAUGCCUUUCAAGGGAAAAUUGAUGCUGCUUAUUUUGAGACCAGCAAGUAUCUGCUGGAUGUUCUCAAUAAAAAGUACAGCUUGCUGGACCACAUGCAGGCGAUGAGGCGGUACUUGCUGCUUGGUCAAGGAGAUUUUAUAAGGCACUUAAUGGAUUUGCUAAAGCCAGAACUUGUCCGUCCAGCAACGACUUUAUAUCAACAUAACUUGACGGGCAUUCUCGAAACUGCUGUCAGAGCAACCAAUGCGCAGUUUGACAGCCCUGAGAUCCUCCGGAGGCUGGACGUGAGGCUGCUGGAGGUCUCUCCAGGAGACACGGGAUGGGAUGUUUUCAGCCUGGAUUAUCACGUGGAUGGACCGAUUGCAACUGUGUUCACUCGAGAGUGCAUGAGCCACUACCUGAGAGUGUUCAACUUCCUCUGGAGGGCCAAGCGCAUGGAGUACAUCCUCACCGACAUCCGCAAGGGACACAUGUGCAACGCAAAGCUCCUGAGGAGCAUGCCAGAGUUCUCUGGGGUGCUCCAUCAGUGUCACAUCCUGGCCUCGGAGAUGGUGCACUUCAUCCACCAGAUGCAGUAUUACAUCACGUUUGAGGUGCUCGAGUGCUCUUGGGACGAGCUCUGGAGCAGAGUGAAGCAGGCGCAGGACCUGGACCACAUUAUCGCAGCGCAUGAGGCGUUCUUGGACACCAUCACCUCUCGCUGCCUUCUGGACAGCAACUCCAGGGUACUUUUAAACCAACUCAGAGCUGUGUUUGAUCAAAUUAUUGAACUUCAGAAUACUCAAGAUGCAAUAUAUAGAGCUGCUCUGGAAGAACUACAGAGACGAUUACAAUUUGAAGAGAAAAAGAAGCAGCGUGAAGUUGAGGGCCAGUGGGGAGUGACAGCCACCGAAGAAGAGGAGGAGAACAGAAGGAUCCGAGAAUUCCAGGAGUCUAUACCAAAAAUGUGUUCUCAGUUGCGGAUAUUGACACACUUUUAUCAGGGCAUCGUGCAGCAGUUCCUGGUGUCUCUGACGACGAGCCCCGACGAGAGCCUGCAGUUCCUCAGCUUCAGGCUGGACUUCAACGAGCAUUACAAAGCCAGGGAGCCCCGGCUCCGGGUGUCUCUGGGCUCUCGAGGGCGGCGCAGCUCCCACACGUGAGCCGCACACGCCGUCCGUCACCGGCGUGAUCACACACGAGUCCACGCGCAGACCCCUGCGCGCUGGCGCGGGGCCGCCCCUCCCGCGCCGCGGGCAGACAGGUCAGCUCGCGCCCUGCAGACCCGCUCGGCAGUCUGCAUGGUGUGUGGGGCCUUCUCAAGUUCUCUGUGGUAUAACUUACAUUCGUCACUUAAAAAUCAUAUAUAUGUGUAUGUAUAUGUAUCUAUAUAUAUACAUAUAUGUAACAAAACGAGGGCAGUGGUCUGUUCAUAAAUUACGAUGGUAAUGUCAAUGCUAUUUUUAACAUUCUCUUUAGAGGCAGUUUUUGGUACCAUGAUCCUAUUAAAUGGAAACAAGACGUCCCUGCUAAGAAACUCCAGCACAUUUUAUUUUGCUAUUAGUAUUGUAAUAAUAACCCGUGCGAGAACAUCUGUCUUGACUCAUUGCCUUCGCACGGUUGUUCUUACUUUCUCUUCCAAAGUUUACAUUUUUGUAUUGAGUUCACCAUUUCAGAUGACUUGUAAAACAGUAGCAGUACACAAAGCCAUGUAGGACCGCGGCGGCCCGGCGCGGCGGGCCCGGGCGUGUCAGAGCUGCUGGCGGAGGCGCGGUGAGCGUGGAGGACCAGAACGCAGCCGAGCGCUCCUUCUCGAGAUCCUCUUGAGAAGCAUGGGAAAGGAUUCAACGUGGGUAAUGAAGAAUUUCUUUUUCCUUGCCUAUUUUUUCAUUGUAAAUAUUUAUAUACUACUGGCCGGAUGUUGGGGGAGCUGUUUUUUGUAAAACUAUCACUGUGGGUCAUUGAGUUUGCCUUUUUUAUGUUGCAUAAGUGAAAACUUAGAAAAUUAAAGACACUUAUCUUUGGA